AUGGAUGCUCACAGCAAGCACGAUGCAAGGCUGCUCGAGUCUGAGUUCCUGGCAGUCGUCGUCGUAAAGUGCGAGGAUCGCAAAUGGAACCUACACAAAGUCAUUCUCGUGUCCCGACCCGAAUGGUUCAAGAAGGCGCUGUGUGGCGAUUUCACGGAAGCAAAGACCAACGACAUCGUACUCGUGGACCAGGAUAUCAACGCGGUAGACUGGAUGAUCCGCUGGAUCAACACUUCAGCCCUAGACCCCUCAAUCUUCGAAGCUGAAGACACCGCCUACGAGUCCUACGUCCUUCUAGCUCGUUGCGCGGACUUCUUUCUCCUGGACGACUUGCGACAACUCUGGCUGGACCGCCUUCGCAGCCGAAUCCGCGAGAAGGCUACCUGGGCCCAAAAGGCUUUCAACACCUGCCCUGACCACCGGGACCAGGUACGGAAGAAAGACAUCGUUGGACUACUGAAGGGCGCGGCCAAAGCCUAUGAACUCAAUUGCGAUAUCACCAAAGAAGCCUUCCUGGAGUUUCUCAAGCUUGAUCACUACUGCAUCAUGGUAGACCACCAGUUUGUGGAAUCAGCAAAGGCAAUCCCGGCCUUCUGGCACGACGCCCUUGAAAGGGGACACGCAGUAUUCAUGGAAUCGCCAUUGAAUUUCCUCCUGGCACCGUGGUUUUGCGUUAACUGUCAGGCGGAGCCGUUCGCGGAGGAUGGCUUCUACUGGGCGACUGUGUGGUGCGAGGGAGCAGAGAUACUGGCUACGUGUGGCAAAUGCUUUGAGGCUGAAGCUUAA